AUGACAACGCCAGCAGCAAGAAUUCUCAAGAAGAAGCACUUUCGUGUGAAACAUCAGAAAGUAAAGCUAUUUAGGGCAAAUGAGCCACUACUUAGUGUAUUUAUGUGGGGAGUCAAUCACACAAUUAAUGAAUUGUCACAUGUCAACAUUCCGGGAUUACUUUUGCCCGACCAUUUCCGCGCACAUUCAAAAAUCAAAGUCGAUUAUCAUCUGUUUAAUAAAGAAAACAUGCCAUCACACUUCAAAUUCAAAGAAUAUUGUCCACUUGUGUUCAAAUAUCUUCGUGAACGCUUCGGUGUUGACGACAUCGAGUACCGUGAGUCACUCACACGAUCACAGCCAAUUGCAACAGAUGCCCGUGGUAAAUCUGGUGCGCGAUUUUACUUGAGCUAUGACAGAAUGUUGAUCAUCAAGACAUUGACGAGUGAGGAGGUUGAGAAGAUGCACUCGUUCCUCAAACAUUAUCAUCCAUAUGUCGUCGAGAAGCAUGGAAAUACACUCUUACCACAAUAUUUGGGAAUGUAUAGGUUAACAUUGGAUGGUGUGCAGUAUUACUUUAAAGUUAUGAGAAAUGUCUUUAGUCCACAUUUGAGAAUUCAUCAGAAAUUCGACCUCAAGGGUUCAACAGUUGAUCGCGACGCAUCCGAUAAAGAACUUGACAAAUCGUUACCAACAUUAAAAGACAAUGAUUUCCUUAAGCAAGGCAUCAAAAUUCGUAUUGGCCAGGAGGCAAAAGAGAAACUAAUUCAGACGCUUAAUUGUGAUGUAGAUUUCCUUACAAAACUCCAUUUAAUGGAUUAUUCACUGCUGAUUGGAAUUCAUGACUGUCGACAGGCAGCAGAGGAUGCAGAAGCACGUGAUGCUAAUCAAGAUGCACAUCAUGACAGUGACAGUGAGAACGAUUACGAUAGCGGUGAAAGAUGGGAAAACACACCUCCAGACUCACCCCGGCAACUAGACGCACAUGUUAUAAAUCCAGAUAUAGAUGUGUAUGCUAUUCCGAGUCAAGAAGAGAAUCAGUUCAUCUACUUCAUGGCAUUAAUUGAUCCGCUUACAAAUUAUGGUUUAAAGAAACAAGCCGCCAAAGCAGCCAAGACAGUGAAAUAUGGAAGCAAUGUUGAUGGUAUAAGCACCUGUGAUCCAGAACAGUACGCCAAGCGAUUCCUCGAGUUCAUUAACGAUAAAGUCAUUGAAUAA